UUCACUUAUAGCUCAGAGCUCACCAGAGCGGUUGUCAGUGCACUACACACUGAGGAAAGCACAAGUCUGAACUUUGUUGCCAAAGAACUUUUAAUCCAUUUUUUAAACAACCUAACAGUCGCUGGACAACUGUGAACAUUCAUCUACCCAGCGACCCGGAACACUUGUAUUACUUGUAUUUAAAAGAGCGAGUUUGGAGAAACAUUAAAGGUGUUUCAUUUCCAGACAGACAGGGAGCUGACCUCGUCGUGCCCUCCCACUCACCCUCCUGAACCUCUGUUUGACCCCACCUCUUCUUCACUUGUCUGCGCGGCGCCCAGUGCUCCCCAGGCUGCCUAGAGUGCGGCCACAGCGCCAUGGUAACUCACAGCAAGUUUGACUCCGCGAUGAGCAGCAGCCUUUUGGACUCCAACAUGCGGCUGCCUCACCGUUACAAGACUUUCACCUCCAAGACGCAGUACCAGAUGGUCCUCACCACACUCCACAAGCUCCAGGAGAGUGGCUUCUACUGGGGCGCCAUCACUGGAAAGGAGGCCAAUGCCAUGCUGGCAUCUGAGACCACCGGCACUUUUCUCAUCCGGGACAGCUCUGACAACCGUCACCUGUUCACCCUCAGUGUCAAGACGGCGUCGGGCACCAAAAACCUGCGUAUCCAAUGUGAUACAGCCUCUUUUUACCUGCAAACAGACCCUAAGAACAUUCAAUCUGUGCCCCACUUUGAUUGCAUCCUCAAGUUGGUCCAUUACUACAUGCCUCAGAGCAAAGGGAACACCCGCAGUGGGAAUAUUUACUACAUUUACUCUGGAGGGGAGAAAAUCCCUCUGGAGCUCCUCAAACCUCUCUCCUGUAAUUUGUCCACCUUGCAGCACAUGUGCAGGAAAACAGUCAAUGGACAUUUGGACAUUUCAACUAAAAGAGACCAACUUCCACAUCCUCUUAAGGAAUUCCUCCAGGAGUAUGACGCUCCUAUCUAAGAGGCAUUAUACUGAUGCUCUUGAGGGGGCAGAGACUUAAGAGUGUAACGAAGAAACUGGAACAUUUCAGCCACGUUCCAGGCGAGUGGGAAAGCCGCAAUGAUGAAGCAGAGUCAAGAGAACCAAGCCUGAGCUUGUCUAAAGGAGCAGUAUUGUACUGACAAGAUGUGUGUGGCUCUUACAGAAAAGUGGCCAUGAGUCUCUUAAGGUGCACAUUUCAGGAAGAGACACUGGAUUGAGGACUAAUCCACAAAAAAAUGGCCAAAAGAAAGAGAGUACUGCUGUAAUCUGGUAUGAAAGAUCGCUAACCACCAUCACCAUCCUCCUCUGCCUCACUGAUGACGUACAACUUACUGAAAACUGAAGUGAGGCUCACAGUCAGCUGUCUACAGUCUGAUGACACACAGGUUCCCUCUGCUGCUGCUGCUGCUAACCAGUGUACUGUGAGGCUGUCAAGCUCACACACAUCAGCCUCAGAAAAUGAUCCAUCUAUUAAAGCCAGACUGGCUUUUAAGAACAGACUGGCUUUUUUUUUUUUUUUUUACUGACGUUGGAUGAUAAUCUUGGACGUAUUAGAUGCAUCCAUCCAGUAUCCUGGGAUCUCUCACGAAAUGUACGCUGGAAAUUCAGACAAAUGGAAACUUGAGUGGACAGUAUUGGCCUUAUGGGUGUAUAUUUGUACCAGCCACAAUUAGAAAGGCUGAAUUAAAAAAAAAAAAAAAAAAAAAAAAAAAAAAAAUUCAAAAUCUUGUAAGACCUUGUUUAUAGUGGAGAGAAAAUGUUUGUCUGAUACUUUGUUUAGAAGAAGGGUUUUAUGCCAAACUUGCCUGAGCUAGACAACAGUUUGUUGGACGACCAACAUGACUGAAUCCUACAGGAUCUUACUUGAGAGAACAGUACCACUGCUGAGUUAUUAAGCAAAUCCCAAGAGUCAGACUUUAAUAUGGCUUCAGUGGUUAAGGAAAUAUACACCAAAAUAUGUGGUAGUAUUUGUGGCACAGACAGAAUCGUCACUGCUUACAAAUGAAUGUAUUAAAUAUGGUAUCUCUCUUUUCCUAGUAAGGAGAAGAGUCGUAAUGUAUAUUAUUUUACUGUCUCGUACUUAAAACGAUGUUUACAUGAGUGAAGAUGAAAUGGUAAAUCUGUUUUGUGUCUUUUAUAAAGAUGUACUUUUGCCAGCCAAACUGCUGGCUGUGGAUGCUUGAAGAUAUUUGAGAAGUUUGACGAAGCAAGCAGACUGAUACAACUUUGCACUUAUUUAUAUUCGUAUGAACAUUUCAGUAAUUUAUAAUAAAGAGCACUAUUUUUCUAUAA